AUUUCACCAUAUAUAGAGGUGGCUUUUGUCUAGUUCAGAAAAAUUUUAGAUUUUUGGCCUUUUGGAGAGCAGCUCCAGCUGCAAUGCUAGCAUCCCGCAGUAAAUAGCUUCAUGAAAGUUGCUAGUUUAUGUCAAGGGAAUAGCAACACCCAGUUUUCAGGAACAAGGUAUUACACAAUAUUUACUUAAGAUUAUACACCGGGAAGCACAGAACUUUCACACAGGUGUACAUUAUCCUCACUGUGAACGAACAAAUUCUGAGUGAGACAUGAGCCAUACAAGGGGUUCCGGCUAAACUUCUGCCAAAACACGUGCCCACACUGAGCUCAGGUCCGGAACCGCUCACCGAAAGCCCUGCUACUACCUCAUAGCUCGCAGGGCCGACACAGAGCCGUUCUGUCUGUCCCCACGGCAGCAGCAGGACAGAAACACAGCCUGUGCACAUGCUGAACUCGGCACCGCCACGGCCUCCCCUCGCAGCGCUGCCCCCGCGCAGCCUCCAUGCCAGGAGGAGGCGCCGGGAGGCACCGCAGGCCCCGUCCCGCCUCCAUCCGCUGUGGGGCGGUUUGUGUGUUCAGCCCUGAGUUACAGGGGUACAGCCGGAAACAAAACUAAAACCAUCAUCCUGCCUCCCCCCUCCCCCCGGCUCCGGCCCGGCGCUGGGCAGCCAGCGGGCCGGUACCGCCCCAGCUCCUCCCUGCUCCAAAUGCCGGACCUGUUUGCUGUAGAGACCUCCCCGACGCGUCUGGCAGAGAAUGAGUUAAUGUAAUCACUGGAAAAUCCUGGAUGGAAACCAAUGUGUGCUGGAUCAGUGAUCUGGCAAUGGCCAAAUGCCAGUUUUCCCGUGUUGUUGUGAACAGUUUUACGUACAGAACUGCCUUUGUAGAAAUGCACCUAGUUAAGAAUGAACACAAGAGAAGUGCUGUGGUAGACACAGGCUUCAUGUCAUGUUGGUUUCCAGUUUAAAAACCAGUAGGCCAUUUUAAAGGAACAGCAACAAAGUGAUGACCCGGUGCCAAGUGCCAGCUUUCCUUAUUCAUCAGAUUCAAGAAGAAUUGGAUAAAGAAGAAGAAGAGAUGAUGGUUUUCCUGUGCCGAGACCUUGCUCCUGACUUGGCCUCUGCUGAUCUUAAAGAGAUCUUGGUGGCUUUGAAUGAGAGAGAGAAACUGACUCCUGUUGGCUUGUCUGAGCUAUUGUACAGAGUUAAGAGGUUUGACUUGCUGAGGAGGAUCCUGAACACAGAGAAAGCAACAGUGGAAGCUCACCUUGCCAGGAGUCUCAGACUUAUCCCUGAUUACAGGGUACUAAUGGUAGAGAUAAAUGAAAAUCUGGAAAAAGAUGAAGUGGGUUCUCUUGGUUUUCUACUCAGAGAUUAUGCACCUCGUAUGAAAAUGGCAAAAGAUAAGAGUUUUCUAGCUCUUAUAAUUGAGCUGGAGAAGCUAAAUUUGGUGGCUCCUAAUCAACUGGAUUUGAUAGAGAACUGUUUUCAAAGUAUUCACAGGAUAGAUUUGAUUAGGAAGAUUCACAAGUACAAACAUGAAGCUUCAGUGUCCUCUGUUCAUUCUCAGCCAGUUUAUAUAAAUGCUCAUCAGGCCUCUCUCCCUAAUUUCAAUCUGAUUGAUCCUCCUUAUCAUUCAGGGAUUCAGAAUAAGAACACAGAAAAAUUACAAAAUGGAUCAAGUCUUACUCUGGCUGCAGCAGAACAACUUCACAUGUCCAUUGAGGAGUCAGGAUCAGUGCCACAUAAGAUGUCUGAUGAUUCCUACAGAAUGCAAAGUCAACCUUUAGGAAUAUGCCUGAUAAUAGAUUGUAUUGGCAAUGACACUGAUGUGUUGGAAGAGACCUUCAGAGGCUUAGGCUAUGAUGUUCAUUGUCACAGAUAUUUAAAUAUGAACUCCAUGAAUCAAACAUUGCUUGAAGUUGCAAGGUGGCAGAAACACAAAAAUUGUGACAGCUUCGUUUGCAUAUUGGUCAGCCGUGGAAACUCCCAGAGCAUCUUCUGUACAGACCACACCUUUUCUGGAUUCCCUUUGGAACAAAUAAAGAAAUACUUUACAGCAGACUCAUGUCCUGGACUCCUAGGAAAACCGAAGCUUUUUUUUAUUCAGAGCUACGUUGUGCCAGAAAAUGAGCAAGAAUGUACCAGUCUGUUGGAAGUCGAUGGGAAUGCUGAGAAUAUCAGAGCUAAAGUCACUAUUCCCCAUACAGCAGACAUCUUUUGGAGUCAUUGCAAGGUGGAUGUGUCUACACUGGAACAAUCCCCAACUUCACCCUCAUAUUAUCUGCGUUGUCUGGCUGAGCUACUCCGUAAUCCUUAUAAAAGGAAACUCUGUAUAUUGGCUAUCCAUAUGGAACUGAACAAAAAAGUUUAUGAUGGGAAUAUGACCAUUGACCCAAGCCAACAAUACUCACUGCUGCUCCAGCAUACACUGAGGAAGAAACUUUUUUUCCCACUUGACUGCUGUUAGAAAGUACAUAUCUAAAAUUAUUAACAAGAAGCAUUUGCUAUCAUACAGAUUAAUGCAUACUUUUAUUUAUGCAUUUAUUGCAUUUCAUGUGUAUCUAAAGUGCCUGUUGCUUCCAAACACAGGAAUUUACAAGCAUUUUAAUGUGCUAAGACACUAGAUUUUGUAUUUUAAUAUCGUAGUCUCUGAAAGCUUGGAUGAGAAUGGUAGCUAUUGUAUAGCAGUGUAGCAUAUCUUGUUACUGAAUACCUGAGGUAAACAGAGUGUAAAGAGAUUUAAACUGUAUAGCUGUUGGGUUUUCCAAGAAAAAGCAGAAGUGUUUUUAUUGCUUCAUUGGUUGUUUUCAACAUAACCUCCUAGCAGUUAAUACUUAAACAAAUAUAAGCCAGCCCAAACCACUGAAACACACUGAUUACUUUCUCCUGCACCUAGUAGUGGCAAAUGUCUCAGCAUGCCUACCCAGUAAUGCCAGAUCUCUGCUAACAAGUUGUGGCUUGCAUGCCUCUAUAGACUGGCAAAACAGAAGGGAGAGAGAGAUGGUCUUUUCAGUAAUCUGGAUUCCAUCUGUUUGCUGCAUUAAAGAUUGCAAUAUUAGAACUGUCUACUGCUCACAGGAGUUCUGUGUUAAUAAAUGAGACAGUCUGCCAUGGUUUGGGCCAAGUAUGUUUUCUGCUGAUGCAAAAAUGAGUGUACAUGUGACAGGACAUUACAGUAAUCUGCCGCACAGUUUAAAAAAUAUGGGAUUUUGGCAGAUGUCUUGUGGAAGCUGAAACAUGAUUCACACUCAUUGUACCAGGCGUAGUUGUAAAAAGAUAACUUCAAAAUAUUUCAAUUUAAAUGUAGUAUGUAGCAGCCAUGGACCUUUAAGACUGGGUUAUGUUAAACACCUACCCUUACUGCUUUUGCUUAUGAAAAAGAAUAUGCCAAGAGCUCUUGUUCUUGUGGAAAAAAAAAAAGGAAAAUUGUCUUAAAUACAAAAAUUUUUCUCCGGUGUAGCAGUUGCCUAACUAAAAGUUAACUGCCUUAAACUUCAGCUAGCUUACUUGUAUAACAGUGUAACCUGGAUGGGUUGUAUUGAAGUUUAUUGUCACUGAACUUAGUGACAAUAAAGUAGGCCACUUUAAACAUUUAAUUUUUACUCCUUAUACUCCUAUGCAGGAAAAUAAUUCAAGGUCCUGGUGUGUUCUGCUUGGUUUCUGUUUAAAUUUUUAAUGGAAAAAGAGAAGGAUACAAAAUGACAGAUGUGGAAUUUUAGAAGUUACUUCUUGUGGUGGCUGGUAAAUGAACUAAAUGGUGAAACAAACGUUUCCUGUGGUUGUAGAAAUAAGGUGUCAUGCCAAAUUACAUAUAUCUAAGUAAUAUUAAUAUAUGUGAAGUAAUAUUAAUAUAUGUGAUCUUCUUCACAGAUUAACUUCACUUUCCAAUUUCCUUUACUAGCUUUUGCAUUUGAAAAGCACUUCUGCUACCCUAUAGACAACCAAAAGCAGGGAGAGUGGAACCAAGAGGAGGCAGAUGAGGAAAAGAAGUGUGGAAAUUUUAAGCAGGAACAAGAAGGGAAAUGGUAGGGAGCAUCAAGAGAAGAACAAGUAGGGGAAAGACGAUUUGGAGGAGAAAUACAAUAUUAAUAUUGGAAGGAGAAGAAAACAGGAAAAAGGAAGUAAGAAUAAUAGUGGCUGUCUUUACAGACUAAUGAUGUGGUGAGUUGGUUGAUGUUUUGUGGGCUGGUUGGUUGCGGGGUUUAGAGUGAUGCUAAAUGCAACUAUUUACUUAAAAUAUUAGCAGUGGAAUAUAUUCUGCUUUUACAGUUUUGUGACAAGUUUGGUUUGGGGGUUAAGAAGUAUAUAUGUUCUUUGCCUUACUGCAAGACGGUAAGUAAAGUCCAUGUGGCUUUCAUUAAGAUACUAUGCAGAAAUGCUGUUUUGAAAAGUAGAGGCUCAUAUAAUCAACCCUUUCAGUGGAAAAGGAAGGGACUCUCUUCGUGUGUGGCUGCUGACGCUGUUGAGUUAGGGACAGAAAGAAAGAUCCCCAUUUUCAGGUGGCUCAGAAGGCUCAAGAAUAAUCUUUAUUAGCAAGAAGUAGCGAACUUUAUAGUCUCACUUGCUAAGUGGGACCGGAUUGGGCUCAAAGUAGGAACAUCUCACACUAUGCUCUAUGAAUAACACGCUGUGAAGAACCAUAACUAUAAACAGAAAGAGAGAUAAUAAUUGUUUGAAUUCUCUCAUCCAAGAUUCCCAGGCUCAGCCUGGGAGAAGUUGUCUCUGUUCUUUCUUUGACUGAACUGAGAAUAUCCACAGGUUGCUUGGUUGGAAGUGGUUAUAACCCUCUAGAGUUGUGGGGACAGACAUAUAUUGUGCAGCAUUCAUGGAUGUCAGAUACUGAUUUUUUACACUGAUCCUCAGUAGAUUCUUAAACCAUAGCCAUACGCAAUCUAUAAUUGUACAUCUAAGCAGUAUUUAUUGCCUUGACACCUCUUUCAGAUGUAGCAUUCAGGCAGGCUGAUUCCCUGUACCUGUUGCAUAGUGAGUCUUUGUGCAGGACUUCUGUGAUGGCAGUUGUCCAUUGCUUCUCCCAUAGCUUAUAGAAUAGAAUCCUAGAAUAUGCUGUGUUAGAAGGGACCCAUCAGGGUCACUGAGACCAACUCCUGGCUCUGCAUAGGAUACCCCAAGAAUCCCACCAUGUGCCUGAGAGUGUUGUCCAAAAGCUUCUUGAGCUCUGUCAGGGUUGGUUCUGUGACGACUUCGCUGGGGAGCCUGUUCCAGUGCCCAGCCACCCUCUGGAUGAAGAACCUCUUCCUAAAAUCUACCCUAACCCUCCACUGCCACAGUUUCAUUUCUCAAGUCCUGUCAGUGGUCACCAGAGACAAGCAGUUGAUACCUCUGCCCCUCUGCUUCCCCUCAUGAGGAUGUUGAAGACUGCAAUGAGGUCUCCCCUCAGUCUCCUCUUCUCCAGGCUGAACAAACCAAGUGACCUCAACCCCUCCUCAGAGGGCCUUUUCUCCAAAACCCUUACCAGGUUUCUGUGUCCCUCUGUACACAUGAUGGGGACUGUCUCUUCUUGCCGUAGUGCACACAUAAAAUUUGAGUCUAGAAAUGGAUGCAGGGUGUGGACUGCAUCAAGUUGUCCCUGUAUUACAGCUAGUGAAAUUAUUUCAGGUUAAAUGAUCCUUUAGCCAAAAGAAAAGGGGGAAGAGAAUCUUGGAUCCAUCAUGAGUUUAGGGUGUUAGCACAGGAGCAUAGAUAGUGACGUGCUGGUGAAAUUUCAUGGUCUUGGACUGCCAAAAUGUCUAGUUUUCAGAACCUAUUAUUGAAGGAGAUAAAACAAGUUAUGCUGCUCCUGCAUUGUCAGAGGCUGGAAUAAGGCUGUCAGAGUCACUGCUCUGGCACUUAAUUAUGGUUUUGAUUUCUGAUAACUGGAAAAAAAUUUCUUGUAGUUCUGUAUAUGCUCUAUAUAUGGACAGUGAUGCCUUUAAGUGGCUCGGAAGGUGUUCUCAUGAGGCAAGACACUCAGUGGUGUUUUGUACCUGACUUGAGUUGCAUGUUUUUUUCUCAGCCACCUACACUGAUGUGGCUGAGCCAUAAAUUGAGUUUACUUUGCACUGUUACAUAUUUGUGUACUACAGUGGUUGUCAGCUCAUUAUCCAGAAUAGAAGUUAUGUUCAAGAGGAUGUUACUGUGCUAGCACUUGUAGAUGGAGUAUGUUGUAUGGCUGAUCUCCCCUUUCAACUCUGCAUAAGAAGUAACACUGGCUCCUAUUACAGGUACCUGAAUCAGAGAAGCUUUUUAUGGGAGUUUCUGAGAAUUCUUUUCUGCUUUCCAGAGUUUUAAGUUUCUGACAUGCAGAACAGUGUUGCUGAGAAGAGGCUGCUGUCUGUGUGGAUGAUGUAUAUUCAAUUUAAAUUAAAUCUCCUGUACUGAAUUAUUUGACAGCUUUUCUGUGGCUGGUUUAAAUAAUGUCUAUUUUUCAGCUUCUUUAUUAGAAAUAAGACACUAUAAUUGGAUACAAAUGCUGGGUUUCAUGCUGAUAUUCUGAAUAAAAUUUCUGUAUGCA